AUGGAAGUCAAUACGAGCAAUGAAUCUACUGAAACAUCUUAUAAUGACAAUCCAUUUAGGAUGCCAUUAUUUGAACGAAAUGUUAAAUUCUAUGUAUUACUCACUCUCCAAAUUCCUUCAAUUUGUUGUACAAUUUUCAUGUUGUGUUAUUUCAAAUGGGGUCGCUUGCACAGUCAAAUAUAUGGUAUUCUAAUUAUUAUCAAUGGUUUAAUCGUCAUUAUUGAAUUACCUAUUACCCUUAUUUUUCUACAUGAAGAAGCCAUUCCUUCAGAAAAUAUAUGUUCAGCAUGGAUUACUUUAAACUACUCACUUUUUUUCUUAAGUAUCGCAUUAAUGGCUUGGACAUCAAUUGAACGUUAUUUAUUUAUUUAUCAUGAAAGAGUUAUUACGAAACGUUAUGUCUUAUUACAUUAUGGUCCUAUUGGAUGUAUUGUUUUAUAUGGUCCAUUAUUUUAUCUUUCUUCAAUCGUAUGGCAUACAUGUCAACCCUUUUAUGAUGUUCAUAGGUAUGUUUGCGGUGGUGCAUGUUAUCAAUUUGAACUCGCCCUUGGUUUAAUUGAUUGGAUUGGAAAUAUAUUGAGUACUGUAUUUAUUACGUUUAUUAUUAAUAUUAUCAUAAUUAUGCGUCAUCUUGUACAAAAACAUCGAAUGAAAAGGGCUGUCGUUUCCAUUAAUAGAACUCAGCAAUGGCGUCGUUCACUUAAAUUAAGUGCACAAUUAAUUGCUGCUUCAUUGCUUUAUAUUAUUGGUUGGAUUCCGUAUACUACAAUUGGACUUAUUCAAAUAUUUGAAAAUACACAAGAAUUAUCUUAUCUACUUUCAACAUAUUUUGUCUAUGUUCCAUAUAUACAAACAUUAUUUCUACCAAUUAUUUGCCUUUUAUUUAUGCCGGAUAUGAGGCACAAACUUCAUAGUCUCUUUACUGAAUCUUAUUUUGGUAAAAUAUUUGGUCAUAAGAAUCGAGUGCAGAUUAUAAUGAACCAAACUAAUAUGGUUACAGGACGACCACCAUUAAUUAAUCAAUAA